AUGGAGGAGCGGAAGGCGUUGUUGUUGUUGACCACGAGUGUUGAGUCAGGCAUCGUGGUUGGCACUUGUCACGAUCCAAUUUCAACCCCCACAACCUCAGGGAGACCCAUUCCUCCUUUUACAGGACCAGGGGUCGGACAGGCAAACUCACCCCUCCCAGGUCACACGGCAGAGUUCACCCCUGGUGACCUCCGCCUCGCCCGGGCGCCUGCCCCUGGCGGGGAGGUGGCUGUGGCCUGGGAGGACCCUGGCCCUCACCCUCUCGUCUGCCCCGCAGGCUCAGGCUGCCCGGUGGGCUCAGGCCCAGAGCCCAGAGAAACCAGCACAAUAGCGUCCAACAGCUGGACCGCCAGCAGCAGCCCCGGGGAAGCCCGGGAGGAUGGGCCCGAGGGCCUGGACAAGGGGCUGGACAACGAUGCGGAGGGCGUGUGGAGCCCGGACAUCGAGCAGAGCUUCCAGGAGGCGCUGGCCAUCUACCCGCCCUGCGGCCGCCGCAAGAUCAUCCUGUCGGACGAGGGCAAGAUGUACGGUCGGAACGAGCUGAUCGCGCGCUAUAUUAAACUGAGGACGGGCAAGACCCGGACGAGAAAGCAGGUGUCCAGCCACAUACAGGUUCUAGCUCGGAAGAAGGUGCGGGAGUACCAGGUUGGCAUCAAGGUCUCUAGCCACUUGCAGGUUCUAGCCAGGCGGAAAUCUCGGGAGAUUCAGUCCAAGCUGAAGGCCAUGAACCUGGACCAAGUCUCCAAGGACAAAGCCCUCCAGAGCAUGGCGUCCAUGUCCUCUGCCCAGAUCGUCUCCGCCAGCGUGCUACAGAGCAAGUUCAGCCCGCCCUCCCCCCUGCCCCAGGCCGUCUUCUCCACUUCCUCACGGUUCUGGAGCAGCCCCCCUCUCCUGGGACAGCAGCCCGGACCCUCUCAGGACAUCAAGCCCUUUGCACAGCCAGCCUACCCCAUCCAGCCGCCCCUGCCGCCGGCGCUCAGCAUGACUAAGGGAAAACCCGCCAGGUACGCACUGGGCCCCACACAGGCAGGCAGGCUGCACACUGCACAAGGGCACCCCGCGGGGCGUGGGAGUCCAUCCUGGCCGGCCGUGGACGUGCGUCAGAUCUACGACAAGUUCCCCGAGAAGAAGGGCGGACUGAAGGAGCUGUACGAGAAGGGCCCCCCGAAUGCCUUCUUCCUGGUCAAGUUCUGGUGCCUGGGUGGUGGGCAGUGGGCAGUGCCUACCAUCCAGGAGGGCCCAGGCGCCUUCUACGGGGUCAGCUCCCAGUACAGCUCAGCCGACAGCAUGACCAUCAGCGUCUCCACCAAGGUGUGCUCCUUCGGCAAGCAGGUGGUGGAGAAGGUGGAGACGGAGUACGCGCAGCUGGAGAACGGGCGCUUCGUGUACCGCAUCCACCGCUCGCCCAUGUGUGAGUACAUGAUCAACUUCAUCCACAAGCUGAAGCACCUGCCGGAGAAGUACAUGAUGAACAGCGUCCUGGAGAACUUCACCAUCCUGCAGGUGGUCACCAGCCGCGACUCCCAGGAGACCCUGCUCGUCAUCGCUUUUGUCUUCGAAGUCUCCACCAGCGAGCACGGGGCCCAGCACCACGUCUACAAGCUCGUCAAAGACUAGGGUGCCCUCUGCCCCACCACCAGGAUCCAGGGCGAGCCUCUUCUCACACACCUGCCUGGCACCCGGGGGUCCAGGAUUGAGGACUCAUCUGCCCACCAGGCCGCGGCCCAGGGCCAGGAGGCCUCCCCACCUGCUCCAGCACACACCCGCCACUGUUCUGCGCUUUAACUGUGGGAGAAGGGAGGGGGCUCGGCGGCGGGGCAGGCUGGCUGGGUCGCCAAGCCACCAUCGCUUCGGUCUGCCCAGCCUCAGUGAAGGGGAGGACACCUUUGGCUCAGGUGUGUGUGGCCACUGGCCCUCAGGGCUGGGACAAGGGGGGGAGGGAGGCUGGAGGGCAGGCGGAGUGCAGAGGCCAGGAAGGAGCGUGGAGCUGGGGUUGCGCUGGGAAGAGAGAAGCCCACACUGUCUUUGCACCUGCCAUGUGCCAGGCCCAGUGCCUCCUGCCAUCCUCUGACCUGCAGAGCAAUCAUGGGUCUCGGUGUCACAGAUGAGGAGUCUGGGGGGGAGGGGGCGGAAUUGGAGUUCUCACCAGGGCUGCCUGUCCGGAGCCCAGUUUACACAUCUCCCUGCCUCAGACGGCCCCAGGCUGGGGAGGGGCUCUACACAGCUGCCUCUGACCAGCAGGGAAGGGGAGCAGCAGGUACUCAGCACCUGUUUGGCGCCCUCUGUCAGCCCAGCAUCCAGCCAGGGCCCUGGGAGGGAGCCUGCUGCGCCACUCCCCCAACGCUGCCCUGGCCCAGAUCCUUUGCCAGGCUCCCCAGCAGGCCCAGCCCCAGAAGCAGGCUGGAGGGUCAGGGAGGAAGAUGCCAGCCCCUGGGCAGAUCUGUGGCCCGGGCACGAGAGGCAGCACAGGCUUCGGUAUUUUCUCUUGCCCACGUGAACCCUCCACGGUGCCACUACCUUGCUCUUCCCGGUGCCAGUCUCCCUGCCUGGAGCAGCUCCCCAGACCCCGUUCUGGGACUGAAGGUGCACCCUGCCCACUGCCUCUUCCCACCAUCCGGCCCCUCAGCGCCCGGCCUCCGGGCAUCGAUGAGUUUCAUAUGAAGUACUGUGCCCUUCCCUCCCCUGCCCUGCCCCCCACCCCUGAGCUUCCUGAAGGUCCUCACAGUUUGCAUAUCGCUCAGGCCACCUCCAAACCCAACCUAGGUUUUAUAAUGUAUAUUAUAUAUAUUUUUGUGUAUUUUUUAAAUCCAGCUGUGAUGGGUUAUAUCAUAAACGUGGCACAGGGCUGGGGCAGGCGCCCUCAAGGCCUACUCGGAAAGAGAAAUUAAAGUUAUUUGUUUGUGGGUUA